AUGUCCAGACCCCAAGUCGGCAUCGGCCGACUUCCCACUAGGAUUACCAGCAACGAGCCAAAGGAAGCAAUGAACUAUGCCGUUCCGAAAAAACGCGGACCGAAGACGGACGUGCUCGAAGCACUCCUCAAACGCGUGGAUGGCUUAGAAAAGCGUCUCCAGAAUGAAAAACAGGAAGACUCUGCCGCCGAUCCGUUAGCACCAGAGACUGCCGUUGAGGUGCCAGGCACUUCCGCGGAUGAGUUCGCUCAAGGAGCGAAUGAAGGGACGGUCGUUUCGUUGCCCGCGGAACCUAGUCAGCAUGCACCCGGACUGCUCCAAGACGCACUGCUUGAUGCGUACUUCAGCAAAGUCCAUGGCAAGCCGUAUAGCAUUGUUAAUGAAGCAAGCACACGGCAACGAAUUCAGAACAACCAGCUUCCGCCCUAUCUUAUCUACGCUAUCUAUGCUGUUAGCUCACGAUACACAUUCCCAUACGAUGGCUACAAUAGUGCAGAUCGAACGGGCGAGGAAUAUGCUCGGCGGGCGCGCUUCGAGCUCGACACCGAUGAACCAACUAUUGAAGCACUGCAAACUCUUCUCCUUCUGGCUCAGGAGAGCUAUCAAGCCGGUAAAAGCAGAAAGGCGUAUAUGCUUCUAUCAUUAGGAAUUAGCAUGGCUUUUGCGCUGGAUCUACACAGGGAACUACCGUUGGCGUGGCAAGUAUCAUCCACUGAUCGCGAAAUCCGUCGGAAGCUUUUCUGGGCUUGUUACCUCAUGGAUCGAUUCUCCGCAUGCGGAUCGAAGCGUCCAUCGCUCAUUGCGGAUGAGUCUAUCGUUCUACGACUACCGUCGUGGCAACCUACUCCCAACUCAAUACCCGUCCAAGGCGACUUCUUCCCGAAUGGCUCCAACCUACAUUAUCUGAGUGGCGCCGGUAGAUGGAUUCAAGGCAGUACGGGGAUGCUUAUAGGUAUAGUCAAGACACUGGGCACAACCAACCGCUAUCUUGCUGCCGGCGGAGUCAAAGGCGAUUCUCACUUUCCCUGGCACUCGUCAUCAAAUCUAUCCAAAGUCCGUCAAGAACUUGAUACGUGGGCAUCCGAGACCCAAGAUGCGUUUGUGUCUCUUGACACUUUGUUUGGACAGCCUGAUAGCACGAUUCUCGUCCUCAGCAAGCUGGUUUACCAUCUCAUCCAUUGUCUUCUAUAUCGGCCUUUCCUUCCGGUUGACUUGAUCGAACUGUCGGGGACCGGGCAGCACCAGUCUUGGCAGAUUGAAGCUACGAACCUUUGCUUUCUACAUGCGAAUGCUAUAGCUGAGUUAGUAGAGAUCGGCAAAGCGUCCUCCACUAUCGUAUGGCCAGCCUUUGUCGGAUACUGUAUUUGCACUGCUGCGACCAUCCAUGUACACGGCGCCCACUACGAAGCACGAGAGGGAGAUGUGUUCUCAGCGAGCAGCGAGUUUCUCCUCCGAGAAACACAACAACUGUCGGAGCUUCGAGUGGUCUGGGCAAGCGUGCAACAUCAGCGCGAUACGCUGCAGAUGAUAUACGGAGCGCACACGGAGCUGGUCAGGUCUCUUGCUACAAACCCAAUGAGGUUCUCGCCAGUGUUUCAGCUUGAAGACUUCUUCGACCGAUACCCAGGACAAAACUUCGAUGGAGCUCACCUUAGCUUUGCUGAGCUCGCGACUGAAGCUCCGCUCCAGAGCGCUGCUAGCUUCGGUCAUGGUCGGGCCGGUAGCGUGUAUAUGGGACCGAACAUGCAAAGUGCGUCAAGACUGUCUCAGGAUGCCACCAUCCUCCUGCAAAGGACCGAAGACACUCAACCGAGUACACGACCAACGAAGAAAAGGAGGUCGACUACCGUCAAAGAUUUGCCGCCAACUCUGGAGACAAAGGCCAACGGCGAACCGUCUGUGUCAGGUACUGCUACCAUCCCCUCCGAGGUCACCGAACCUCAACACCAACUCCCCAACACAGCAGCCGGACCAAGCGACGAAGGCAGCUUCAACCCAGAUCUCGCACAUCUCACUCCCUUUGCACCUUCCUUAGCGCCCUUCUCGCCGAACUUCAACUUCGGCACGCUAGGCACAGACUUGUCCUUCGAAAACAUGAACAGCUUCGAUCCUAUGCUUGGUGCACCUACACCGUACGACCAUCAAACGCCUGGCGCAGCCAGCGCUGCCGGAUCAACCCAUACCGAUUUCGACAAGGACCCUUUCUUAAGCUUGCUAGAACAGCUGGCGGAGAAUGAGCAUUCGAGGAGUGGGCCGAGCGAGUUGGACUUCUUCCUCACGGGGACUGGUUAG